AUCUAUGUGGCAGCAGACAUCACCCAGUACCCCUCACCCCCACUCGCUAUCCCCUCCUUCUCUCGCUCGCUCUCUCUUCACCUCUACCUCUGCAGUACCUCAUUUCUCCCUGUGCCGGCACGGGAAACACGCAUACUUUCUGCUUUUCUGCCUGCUGGCUCUCCUCCAGCAUCCUUCUGUGCCUCUUGUGUGUUCUCCUCCCCCUCCAGCCUAUGUCUCCCCCCCACCCAUGGGGUUUGUUGGCCAGCCUGGUUACCUGACUAUUCCUGCUGCUGUUAAAGGAGUGGAGCGGUCUGACACAACGCUGCUACCCUGGUGCCGCUCUGCCUCGCUACUCCUCUAUGCCUUUCGCCUCACACUCUGCUUUGCUGGAUAAUUACCACUGUGUCUGCCAGAGACAGCGACAGAGGACAGGAGAGGAGGGAGGCAAAGAAACAGAGAGGCUGCACUCUUUGUUCAACUGCUGCAUUCUUCAGUCUUUCCUUUCCUCUGCUUCCCCGGGCUGCAGGAGAGCAGUGCAAGGAACAACUUGAUGUGAGAAAGCUCCCUAAAGGAAUUUUAUCCUUCUCUCUUUUGCGCUUCCUCAUUCUGUUCAUUCCUGGGACAGAGUGCAGAGGAGGAGAGAAGAGGGAGGGACUGAGAGCAAGACUCUGCCUUCAGCUGCACAGCUCAGUGUCCCACCUUGGUCCAGAGGCACAUAAGUCAAACACUCAGAGUGACUGGCAGACAAGGAGACAGACUGACAGAGACACACAUUGUAUACAUAUAGACAGGCAGAGAAGAACAGAGACAGACAGGUGGCGUAGGUGUCAUGGCGUCAGUGGACAGCCCUGGUUCAAGUGUCUCUGGUCGACUGAGAUCAGGGGAUCUACUUCACGCUGGUCUGGCAGUUGCACUGCUGCUUGGCGUAUGGACUGUUGGUGGACUGGAAGUUUCCACAGGUAAAGUGUCUUCAAUCGAAGCAAUGAAUGGCUCCACGGUUUUGUUGCCCUGCACUUACUCUUCAUGUAUUGGCAUCGAAAAUCUCUACUUCAACUGGCAAUAUAAUGACAAUGGAACUCUCAUAAAGUUAUGUGAAGCGUUGAUCCCUAUGGAGGGUGUGGAGCCGAAGGUCCGUGUGUCCCAUGAGCGUGUUGAGUUUGUCGGCUCCUCAAAGAGUAACAACAUUUCGAUCUUGCUAUGGAAUAUCACCUUUGAAGAUGAAGGAGAGUACAUCUGUUUUGCCAGGAAUCCAAAAGAGAAGAACCGCAACCACAGUGCUAUCUUCACUCUUAUAGUGGUGGAUCAAAUGAAGGAAGUUGACAACACUUUGACAAUCAUUAUUGUCUCAGCGUUGGGUGGAGUCAUAGGCUUAGUUAUCAUUGUCAUGGUGAUAAAGGCUGUUGUUGUUCACUUCCUGCAGAAGGAUGAUGAGAAGAAUAAAGAGUGCCUAGUGAGCUCCUCAGGGAAUGACAACACAGAAAAUGGUCUUUCAGGAGCCAAAACUGAAAACAAAGGGACACCAAAGGCUUGAACAAAAUGUUAAGUAUGCCUACAUGUUUGUAUAUAUGUUAGACAAAUGUACACACUCAGCGAAAAAUCAAUUAUCUUACUAGCGGCUAACAAAAACAACUUGUAAAAAUGUCUAUUUUAAAUCAUGCUUGAGAUUUGGGAAGUGUGAAGUGUGCAUAGGCCUGGAUCUCUCUCACUUACCAUGGUAGCCCAUUUGUUCCACUGUACAGCUUCUGCUCCACUUUCUUCACAUUGCAAUCUCCAAUUUAUGCAGUUGAUGUGUUAUUUUUUUCUAUGUACUUUCUUACUAUCUAAUAACAUUCACACUACGUUAAAGCAAAAACGCAUCACAAGGCCGAAAUCUUUUUUAUACACCCAAUGUCAGUAUUCAGUUUCCAGUCCAAAACAUGCUUUACAGUAUCAGCUGAGAAGCUACAAUAUGUUGGAUUCUUAGUCUGGAACUCUACAACUCCAAGUGAAACUUGGACUUAGAUAUACUCAACCAGUGGGAACAAAUAUCUUUGAUGCCAUGUUGAACUGCCAUAAUAAAAAACUGCCAGGAUGUCAGUCGAAGAACAGCACAACACUGCUCAAAUUCUUUCCCUUAGCUCUCAAAUGAUAUAAAUGCACCUGGAUGAAAAUAAGCCAGGUGGUAACUGACUAGAAGUUUGGUUAUAAAGAAAAGAUAAAAUUUUUUAGUCCCAAUCACAUAAAUUGUUUAGAAAUAAAAUAGGAAGUUUUACAUUUUAAACACUGACUGUAAAAUUUGUAUUUUGCCAUUUUAAACACUGGGCGCUGUUUUACUGAUUAACUGUGUUUGUAGGUAACGAGUAAAUCCCAACUGUUUCCAAAGGAUCUUUCUGACAUUAACCUCUGAAAUGCCAAUUUUCAUGUGACUUCUGGGUUCAGAUUAGACACACUGCUGGUUUGUUUGGGCCAAAGAUUUUCUGUGAAAUGCUGGUUAGCAGGGACUAACAAAUGGGCUUACCUUAGGUGAAUAAAAGAUCCAGUUCUGCACAGGUUUUAUUGUUUUGCUUUAGAUAAACACAGGUGCCUGUUCUGCUUCUGCUCCCUUGGCUGGUGAGAAGAACUUACAUAAAAAAAAGAAGAACCCUAACCAUCAUCAAAGACAAUCCCCAGACUACCCAGCUCCCUAUUGAAAGGAAUGAACUUAAUCAUGCUGCUUCUGACUAAUAACCAAUGCAUUUUGAGCAUGUGCACAUUUUAUAUAGCUUCGUAUAAGAUUAUAUAUUACACCAUAAUACAGGAACAUUUCUGUGUGUCUCUGUUUGGUCCCCUCCAUGCUGGCCAGAACUGCGGGAAGCUCUGUCAAUGCUCAUCUCAACACUGCUGCAACUGUUUAACACCUUUUUAGCCACGUCAGGGUUAUUGAAAAAUAACUUUUAGAAUUUUGGCCGACAAGUUUACUGUAGAAAAAUUAAUAACUGAAACAAAGUUUACACUUAUUGAAAAAGUGAGAACAUUUCAGCAGCUCUGUUUAAGUGAAAGAAUUGAAAAGCCCUGCCAGAGGAGUUUGAGAAGCUGCUUAAUGGCUUAUUAGCCGGAUAUCCUUGUAAGCACAUGCAGCUCAAAAUGCUAAUUUCCAAAUUUACAUGUGGAUUCAAUGAAAUACAUAUAACUCAAAGGAAACUUGCCAAACCCAUCAAGAAUAUACAAGUCCAGUAAUAUAGCCUUGGUAGUGCAGGUAGCAUUGUCUUGGGGCAGCUCACUGCAAAAGAAUGUAAAGACUGUUGGGCAGUCAAAUAUUGUCCAAAAUGUAUGUUUUCAUUCAGUACAAAAAAUAUAUCAAAGAAAUAUUAAUAUUAUUCUGAAUUGAAUGUGUGUGAAUGCCCCUCAAGGGCAGUCAUAAGUGCUUGUUGGUCAGCUACAUUAUUUUGUGUACAUCUACAACUGACCAAAACUGAGCAUGUUAUAGAGUUUAAACUGAUAAAAUUACUACUUGACUGUAUUUAAAACCCUGACCAUUGAAGAUUUUAAACUUUUUGUUCAGACUUCACAAACAGCCCCAGUGUUGAUCUUAGCUGUUUAAAAGGGACGUCGGUUGAUGUUGCUGAGAGUAAAUUGAGCAAUUUUAAAUUAAAAAAUGUUUAAGUAAAUGCUUAACCCCUUAGCAGUCCUAUUAGUCCCCUAAACCAUCCAAUGUCCCGUGGGCGGCACGUCCGACUGCUAACAGUUUAAAUGUGCACAAUAUAAACACCAGUACAUAUUUCUUUCAAGAAACGCCAAAUUGGAAAAUGUAACAAAAUCUUCAUAAAUUCACAUUUCUGUUUCAUUCUUUCAUAAGUCAACAAGGAUCGGUUUACUGCUAAAAUGCCCCUGGGAAAUUAGAACCACCUCUCUUUGUAGUUUGUAGUCACAGUCACUUUGACAUCCUUUCUAUGAGGACCGCAGACAUGCUCUGCAUAAAUAGUUUGAACAGCUGAAAGCUACAUACAUACAUUACACACUGCUACACAAAUACCCACAUAGGAGGAUUCAUUUUGAUACCAGAAAACAGCUCACUGGCCUUGCCUGCAAACAAUACAGCACUUUAUCAGUGUUAAAGUGGUUUUGUUACCAUGGCAAAUCACGGAAGUGGCCUCACAGUUGCCAUUCUUUUAUACUAUAUAUUAACAGAAUUAACAAAAACUCAACAUUCUCACUUUGUGUUUGUCAUUUUGACCGAGUACCUGACAGCAGCACUGUGUCAAAUGGUUUUAACUUCGAGUACAUGUUCACUUACUGGAACAGAGCUCUAUGACAAGCUUUUAUUUUAUUUUUCUAUUUGUUCGCGUCUGUCAGCCUGCUCCUCUCUAAUACUGGAGUGCACUUCCCUUGCCUUCAAUGGAAGCAAUAAGACAGAUAUCAGAUUAUGCAAUAACCUGUUAUAAGGCACUUUAAAGAUGUGUCUGGACUGGCUGGCAAUUCUGUCCAAGGCACUGAUCAUUGUACCAAUAUAUGUAUCCACACCACAGAAAUGUAUCUCAGCUGAGUUUAAGUAUGGUGAUUAGGAUCAUAUAUCUACAGCAGAUGGUUUUGUCUGCAUUGGAUCAAUCUAUAUUAGGUCCCAUUUACACUUGGCUCAAAAUUCCUUGAGCAGAUGAAAGCUGUAUCAGGAAAAGCUUGAACCCAGGCCCGCAUUAUAACACAUGUCUAACAUAUUACCCCAUUUGUACUUUGCUAUUUCAUAAAAGUUGUAUCUAGAUGGAAUAAUAACACAGUGGUGGCCCUGGGAGUUCAGGGUGCUGCAGCUGCAGUUUCUGUUUUCGCUGUGGAUUAUUUCUUUGUUAGUUUGUUGUUGUUUUUGUAUUUAUUACUUUGUCAAACUGUUGAAGAUGUGUCUCAGUAUGCUUUUAUUUACAUUUUUUCAAUGUAUGUUUUACUCAGAGCUCUCAGGGCUACUGUACUAAUGGGCUAAAAACACCCUAAUUGACACUGCCAACUGACAAAUAUGAAAUGCCCUACAAGAUAACCAAUGCGCUGCCCCCUUACAGGAAUACAAUAUAUUUUUCUGUGUGUAAUAUAAAAGCAGCCAUUGUUGCAAUCACAGAAAACAUCAUAACUGACCUAUUACGAAUGUUCUUGCUUUGGAGUCCUAAUUAUAAGAUUUGAUGUUAUGUACUGAGUAGUUGUUUGGUUGCACUUAUGUGUUUGAGGGAUGCAUUUAAUUACCAUUGGAAGGAAAGGUGUAGAAUAUGACCUCAAUUGACUCACGCAAUCAGGUUUCAUACAAUAUAUAAAGUACAACGCAUAUGCCCAAGAAGCACAAGUGUUUAUUUUAUUAUACAUUACUAAAUAGUGUAAGUAUACGCUGAGUAUAAAUGGGAUCAAGAGUGAAAUGUGAUCAACCUUAACAGUACAAUGUUAGAAGUGAAUAUAUCCUGGUGAACCUGUAAAAAUGUGAAUGACGUGGAUGUAAGGCAUCACACACUAUCUAAGAGUUAUGGGACCCCUCUGUAAAGAGGGUAUAUACAUCCAAAGUCUUCCUGUUAGGGAAAAGCAAUAUUGUGGAGUUAAUGUGUCCGUUAGUGUACUUUUCAUAACCCUGACACUCAAAAUACAGUAUAGGUGGAUUCACAUAAUACAUAACUCAAACCUCACUAUUUGUGUUUACGGAUUUUAUUCUUAAUUUAAAGAAGAAAAACAAAUGAUAAUAAAAUACUUAAAAAACAACAAGCAGCAAAUUAGGCAUAUGUAUCUGAGCGGGUUAUAAGAGGUAUGUACUGUUUUAAUAACAACCAUAACUGAUGUGAUAAAAUAUGUAUAUGUGAUGGGGAGAGGAGAGCUGUUUUAAUGCAUAACACAGGUCUGAUUUUGGUACAGUUGCCUUUAUAAUCGUAAGACAUUGUACUAAGCAUUGAAUGCAUUAUUAUUAUUGUUAUGUUUGUUUGUUUGUUUUUUUCAUCUUUGGUGUUCUGAUCUGUCCUGUCUUCCUCCAAGAAACACCUAUACCGAACCUCUUAUGACUCUUGAAGUUAGCCAACAGCUUGCAGUGAUUGCUGCAGUACUGAGUGUGCACGGUACAGUGUACAAUGCUCCUCUGCAGUGGUGCAAUACAGCACGCCAAAUACAGUAUGACUGCCACCCAGUGGUAAAUGCCCCUGUAGUACAAGCCAUGGUACUACUAGCGUGCAUUUUGAUUUGGACUAUGAGGAUUGCACAUUAUCAAACCAUUGCCACAAUUUUCAGAGUUAAAGCAGUUCAAAGAUGUAUGAUUACGCAUCAUGUUGCAAUUGUUUCUCCUGCUUUAUAUAGUGCUAGUAGUCUAAUGGGGAGGUGUGAUGUAUAAGUUUACACAAAAAAAUUAGGAAAAAAAUACAUUGAACAAUAAACCACGUAUGAACAGUGGUUGUUCAUCAGACUACUACUGGUGAGCAUAAAAUGGUUAUAGACAGCAUUCGUACUGCUGUAACAUUAUUCACUAGGUAACACAGUAUUGUGAAUUCUCAUUGACUAGUAUGAUUUUUUAGAGUUAGUAUUGCUCUUACUGCCAGAGCGGGUGAAACUCAUACUGCCAAUCCAAGAGUCUCAUGUCUGCUGUUGUUACAACACGAUUAUAAUGACACGCAAUCUAUUAACUACGGUAACACUACUAAAACAUGAUGUUGCAUUACUGUCUACUGCUGUAUAAAAUGCAUAUGAAAGCUAAUCUGUAUAUGAUGAUGCUCUAUACUACUUCUGUAUUUCUAGCAGCUGAAACUCACACUGCCAAGCCAAGAGUCUAAUGUCUGCCUCCCACAUUCCACACCAGAGCUGCAACUAUUAGUCAGUUACUUAGUCAAGAAAAGGAAUUGACAACUAUUUUAAGGACAUAGUUUGUAAGUCAUCUUUCAAGUAAAAAGUGCCCACAUUUUUAUAGCAUUGCGUUCUCAACAUUUUCUGGGUUUUCCCCUCUUACACAUUAUAGGAAAGAUUAAUAUAGUUCAGAAAAAAUGGAAUUUUUUUGUCUUUUUUGAUAAUUUGAAGUUAACAUUAGUGGUAAAAAUACUAAACUAUGAUUCAUAUUGUGAUUUAAACAAAUAACUAACGUUUGACAGACAAAGACAUCGAGAAUUUCUUUUAGGUUUCAUUUAUAAGCACUGACCUCUCCACAUGCUGUUACUGCAGUCCUGCAUUUUAGAGUAUUCUAUCAAUAUUUUACAUAUCCUGGGGCUGCAAAACAUAAAUCUAUCCCAAAAAAAUGAUUUUACAAGGUCAUAUCUAGAGCAAGCUAAGGCCACUGAUAGCAUACAAAUUAUAGCAAUUGAUAGAAAGUCGUACUGUUGCAGCAAAUUCUUAUGUUUUGUUUACAUUACUGUAGUCUGUUCAACAUACACACACAAGCAAAAUACAUCUGCAAACACAUUUCUUCUGGAUCAACCUUCCUGUGAAUAUUCAGCUGUCUGUCUGUAUUUGUGUCCACGUUGUUCAUGCUCCCUUCAUGACUAUGCACUUCAAACUUUUCAAUUAUUAGCAAAGUACAUCCUGAAAAUAAAAUGUUGAUUGAA